GUGAGGCAGGCAGGAAGCCAAGAAAGGAAGGGAGAGCCCAAAAACCCCACUUUCUUCAGUCCGUCCCCAAUCCCCAAUCCCCAAUCCCCAAUCUCUCUCUCGCUCUGGCAAACCAAACCCUAGCCUAGCCUAGCCUAGCCUAGCCUAGCAACAAUGGCGCCGUGAAUCGAAUCGUGCCGGACGGAGGGAGGAAGAAGACCCGAAGAAGAGAGAUGGUGGGGCGCAACGAGGAGAAGGCGCGGCUGGCGCUGGCCGCCAUGAAGAAGCUGGGGUUCGGCCGGAAGCACGCCACCCCCGUGCUCAAGCGCCUCUUCAGGCUCUUCGACCGGCAGUGGGAGCCCAUCGAGGAGGACUCGUACCGCGCCCUCGCCGAAGCCAUCCUCGACGACCAACUCCUUCAACUCCAUCCCCAAUCCCAACCACAGCCCAACGGCGGCGGCAAUGAGGUGCCGGGGCAGGAGGAGGAGGAGCUGGAUGCCGAGGAGCCGGAAAUCUCCACCCCCGACCGCCCUUCCACGACCCCCCCUUUCAGAGCCACACCGCAAAGCUCCAGCUCUUUCAGAGCCCCUGCUUCUCCAUCCGGACCCACCUCUUUCAGAGCCACAGGCACAGGCACAGGCACAGCACGAGGCAUAGUGGAAAGGGGGGUUGUCUUGGCUCCUGCCCUCAACAAUGGCGCACAGACCACACCCUCAGCAACCGCACUGCUCACCAAGCACAAGCACAAGCACAUGAUGGAUGCAGAGUUUCAGCAGCCUGCCUUCUUCUUUCUCAAACACCCCAAGCCCGAACCCCCUGAACCUCAACCUGAACCUCAACCCGUCGACAUGGACGCGUCUGGCUGUCGGGAUGUGCAGCCUGGCUUGAUUCUCGGCUCCCGCAACCGCAACCUCAACCUUGCUUCCUCCUCGUCCGACUUCAAUGCGUUGCCUCCGCCUGACCGAAAUCCUCACCACAUUUCAGGUAGUGAUAAAAACAGGGCAAUUCAACAUCACAGCAGAAAUACAGACAUGUCUGUGGAGCCAACAAGCAGCAGCACACUCAUCAAUGGAACAGGGUCUCAAGUGCAGGAGAUUGAUGUGGCGUCAUCCCCUGGGGGCGAGGUUAAGCUGUCUCUCAAGUGCAGCGCAGACCCAUCAAAGCUCAAAAUGCCUGAUCUAGAAGCAGUAUACAAGAUGGUUGAGGACAAAUACCUCUGCUCGGACAAGCUUCUUCCUCCCGAUUUCUCCAUUCCCGGCCUCAUGGCCGAGAUAUGCCAGAGCGUUGUGCAGAUGGGCACUCAACAUACCAUGACGGAGCAUAUUACACAAUCACAUACUGUUGGUAAUGGCAGCACGUCUAAAUGCGUGGAGGGUGGUUCAGCGAGUUCAACUCCUGCCCCGCAACCGCAUUUGGCACUUUCAAGGACUACCCAUGAUGUACAUGACAUAUCCAGGGGACAAGAAAAUGUCAAGAUACCGAUAGCAAAUGAAUCUGGCAGAGGAAAAUGCCCACCAUCGUUUUCUUACAUACCAGGCAACGAGGUAUUCCAAAAUGGUAUUGUGAACAUCUCCCUUGCACACAUUGGUGCUCAAGACUCUUGUGCUGAUUGCUUUGGCGACUGCUUGUCGGCGCCUGUACCAUGCGCUUGCGCAAGAGUCACCGGGGGUGAAUAUGCAUACACACCGGGCGGUUUGGUAAAGCCAGAAUUCAUUGACAAGUGCGUCUCCGUGAACCGGAUUCCUGAAGUACAUCACAAGGUCUUUUGCAAGACGUGCCCGCUCGAGAGGUCCAGAGAUAAAGCCUCACCAGAGCCUUGCAGGGGCCACCUUGUUCGGAGAUUCAUCAAGGAGUGCUGGAGCAAAUGCGGGUGCAGCAUGCGAUGUGGCAACCGUGUGGUCCAACACGGCAUAAGAUGCAACCUCCAGGUGUUCUCCACGGGAAAUGGGAGGGGUUGGGGGCUGCGCACGCAGAAUGCAUUGCCAAAAGGAGCUUUCGUGUGCGAAUAUGCGGGGGAAAUACUAACAUGCGUAGAAGUACAUGGGCGGGCGGUCGAGAACAUGAAGAAUAAUAGAUAUACGCAUACGGUAGUGUUGGAUGCUGGCUGGUCUUCGGGAGGGUCGCUCAAGGACGAAGAUGCAUUGUGCCUAGAUGGAACCUUUUAUGGGAAUGUUGGCAGAUUCAUCAACCACAGAUGCCGUGAUGCAAAUCUGGCCAUGGUUCCUGUUCAAGUGGAGACUCCUGAUCGCCACUAUUACCAUGUUGCAUUCUUCACGAGCAGGAAGGUGGAGGCCCUUGAGGAACUGACAUGGGACUAUGGGAUUGAUUUCGACGAGGAGUUGGGGCCGGUGAAGGUGUUUGAGUGCCUGUGUGGAAGCAAGUACUGCCGAGGAAGUCGUCGGCAUCGUCAGCGCCUGAGGAAUGGGAAUGGGAAUGGCAAGAAGAGAAGCAGAAUUGAAGGUUAACUCAUUCACCUGGCAAGUAGUGGUACUAGUAGUAGUAGUAGUAGGCAGAAUUGAAGAGCUGGCUGAUUUGUUAGUGGUGGAACAGAAGAAUGUAUGUUGUCUCUGAUGUAAGUUGGUUGGACAAGAAAGAAAGAAAGGCUGUUUCUGAUGCUGAUGCUCAUCUAAAA